AGUUGAUUAACCCGGAUGUGCAUCACGCUUUUGAUAAGCGCCGCAAAGCAAGACGUGUGAACCAGAGGAGCGUAUUCGGCUUUGCUGUUUUUUAACUAAGCAGGUUUUUAAUAUAUCGUUUUUGUUUAUUGUUUCGUUGGUUGGUUUUUAUGGGAAAUGGGAGUCCCGGCAUUUUUUCGUUGGCUGAGUCGGAAGUAUUCUUCGAUUAUUGUUCAUUGUGUGGAGGAGAAGUCAAAGGAAUGCAAUGGAGUCCGUGUACCUAUUGAUACCACCAGACCAAAUCCCAAUGAAGUCGAGUUUGACAACUUGUACUUGGACAUGAAUGGAAUUAUCCACCCCUGCACACACCCCGAGGACAAGCCUGCCCCAAAAAAUGAGGAUGAAAUGAUGGUUGCUAUUUUUGAAUAUAUUGACCGCUUGUUCAAUAUUGUUCGUCCAAGAAGAGUUCUCUAUAUGGCCAUAGAUGGAGUUGCCCCUCGUGCCAAAAUGAACCAGCAGCGGUCGAGGCGAUUCCGUGCCUCUAAGGAGGGGGUGGAGCUUGUAGAAGAGAAACAGCGAAUGAGGGAAGAAGUCAUCCAGAGGGGAGGAUAUCUGCCACCUGAUGAAAUUAAGGAGAGGUUUGACAGCAAUUGCAUCACACCAGGCACAGAGUUCAUGGACAACCUGGCAAAGUGCUUGAGGUACUACGUUGCUGACAGGCUGAGCAAUGAUCCAGGGUGGCGCAACGUUACGGUCAUCUUGUCGGACGCCAGUGUUCCUGGGGAGGGAGAACAUAAAAUAAUGGACUACAUCAGGAGGCAACGAGCCCAACCGAACCACGAUCCCAACACGCACCAUUGUCUUUGUGGAGCUGACGCCGAUCUGAUAAUGCUGGGGCUGGCCACGCACGAGCCCAAUUUCACCAUCAUCCGGGAGGAGUUCAAGCCCAACAAGCCCAGGCCCUGCGCCCUGUGCGGCCAAGUGGGCCACGAGAUCAAGGAUUGCCAGGGCGUGGCCAGGGAGAAGCAGGGCGAGCACGACCAGUUCGCCGAUACCCUCCCUGCCUCGGAACAGGAGUUUAUCUUCAUUCGCCUGUGUGUUUUACGGGAGUACCUGGAGAGGGAGCUGACCAUGGCCAGUUUGCCUUUUCCGUUUGACUUCGAGAGGAGCGUCGAUGACUGGGUCUUCAUGUGCUUCUUCGUCGGCAACGACUUCCUGCCCCACUUACCGUCACUGGAGAUCAGAGAGGGUGCCAUUGAUCGGCUGGUCAACAUCUAUAAAGACGUGGUGCACAAGACUGGGGGAUACCUUACAGAGAACGGGUUUGUCAACUUGGAACGUGUCGAGCUCAUCAUGCAGGCCGUCGGGGUGGCCGAAGACAACAUCUUCAAGAAGCGCAAAGAGGACGACGAGGGUUUCAAACGGAGAAUGAAAGAGAAGAAGAAGAGGAUGAAAGCAGAGCAGCGGCCUUCUUUCAUGCCUGGGGGGCAGUUCGCUCCCCAUGCCCUGGGCGGGAGAGACAGGCCCCAGGCCGUUCAGAACGCCCGCCAUGCCGCCUUUGACAUGAGGAUGCAGGGCAGAGACCAGCAGAACAAGGACGCCGCUCAGUCUUUGAAAGCCAUGAUGAGGAACGGCAACCAGUCUUCCGCGGGGCCCAGCGGUGCUCUGGACGGGAAGGGUAUGAAGAGGAAGGCCGACGACAGCGACAGCGAGCCCGAACCCGAAGAUAACGUCAGGCUGUGGGAGGAGGGCUGGAAGCAGCGCUACUACAAGAACAAGUUUGACGUGGACGUGACAGACGAGGCGUUCCGACGCAAAGUGGUCAAGUCCUACGUGGAGGGCCUCUGCUGGGUGCUGAGGUACUACUAUCAGGGCUGUGCUUCCUGGAAGUGGUACUUCCCGUUCCAUUACGCCCCUUUCGCCUCGGACUUCAAAGACAUCAAGGACCUGUUCACCGAGUUCGAGACGGACACCAAGCCGUUCAAACCCCUGGAGCAGCUGAUGGGCGUGUUUCCUGCGGCCAGCGGCAACUUCCUGCCUGAAACGUGGCGGGUGCUCAUGAGCGACCCGGACUCCUCCAUCAUCGACUUCUACCCCGACGACUUCGCGCUCGAUCUGAACGGGAAAAAGUACGCUUGGCAAGGCGUGGCCCUGCUGCCCUUUGUGGACGAGCGCAGGCUGAGGGCCGCGCUGGAGGAAGUCUACCCCGACCUCUCCCCGGAGGAAGUCAAAAGGAACAGCCUCGGGAGCGAUGUGCUGUUCGUUGGCAAGUCGCACCCGCUCUGCGACUUCGUGCAGGAGCUGUACGGCGCAGGUUCCAGCGAGGGCACUGAGAUGCCUCCUGAACUGUGUCAUGGAAUCCAAGGUACAUUAAAUCUUGAUGAAGAGCCUAUUCUACCAGAUAAGCCUGUCGAAUCCCCCAUCCCCCUGUUGAGGGACCUGGCUCAGAACAUGGCCAUUGGAAUAAAAUUCAAGGAUCCGCAGUUUGAAGAGGGCUUUGUGUUCAAAGCUGUAGUUCUGCCAGGAGCAAAAGCCCCCACGAAGGUGCUGAAGCCAGGGGACUGGGAGAGGUCCAGCCAGGGCCCUUGGAGGCCCCAGCUGGGGUUCAACCCCAACAGGCAGCAGGCCCACCUGGACCAGUCAGGCUUCCGUGCUCUCGGCCACGCCAUGAACAGGGAUCGACCGGCGGGCGGGCAGUACAGCAACACCCCGCCUCCCAGCAACUACCGCCAGGGCCAGGGCAACUACAACCGCGGCAGCUUCCACCAGGGCAGCUACCAGCAGGGCGGCUACCACCAGCAGCAGGGCGCCCACAUGCAGCCCUACCAAAAUCCCAGGCAACCUGUCCAUCAGGCUGCACCUCCCCUCUUCAACCCACAGGCGUACCCAGGGCAGCAGUACGGGCACCAGGGCUGGGACAGGGCGAUGCAGGGCCAAGCGGGCGCCUACCUGCAGAACCAGCAGCGGGGGCACGGCGGACCGGGCGGCUACCAGCAGCAGCAGGACAGCAGCCGCGGGCAGCAGCAGGGAUACAACUCUGGAAGGAGUUACCCUUUGCCACCUCCAGCAAGAAGAUACAAUUGGAAUUAGUCUGGGCCCUGGCCUAAUGUCAGGAUGAGGGAGAAUCUGAUUUUUGUUUUUUGUGGUUUUUUUUUUCUUAUUUCCAUUUUUGUACGGUCCGCUAUCAAUUGUAUUUUUCCUCUUUUACCCAAGUCUGUUCUUAUAACAUGAUUUUUAAGCUGUAUGUGCGAAGCACCUCAAAUACAAGGGACUCCUGAA